CAUAAAACAGCUUGUGUUUUGCUGCGAAUAUUUACAUUUGUGUUUUGUGAAUUUUAUUUAUAAAAGAGUUGCUAUGGCUGGAUUGUUUGAUACUACGCACACGGAAGGACCCGGCUUUGUUGGUAUUCGUUUCUGCCAAGAGUGCAACAACAUGCUGUACCCCAAGGAGGACAAGGACAAUAAAAUACUAAUGUAUGCAUGCCGGAAUUGUGAUUACAAGCAGGAGGCUGACUCCAACUGCAUUUAUGUAAACAAAAUUAUGCACGAGAUUGACGAACUUACGCAUAUAGUGCCGGAUGUAAUAUCCGAUCCCACGCUGCCUCGCACCGAGGACCAUGCAUGUCCAAAGUGUUCCCAUCGCGAGGCUGUGUUCUUCCAGGCGCAGACAAGACGUGCCGAAGAGGAAAUGCGACUUUAUUAUGUGUGCACGAAUCAAAACUGCACUCACAGAUGGACGGAGUAAAAGUCGAAAUAUUUCCCACAAUUGUGUAA